AUGAAACACUCACAAAUAUACUCAAAACUUUUGUAUGAAAGGAUUCUAAAAUUGAAUCAAAUAUAUUUAUAUGCCAUUAAGAGUGGCAUUUCAAAGGUAAGAACAUUAAAUCCUUAUUAUUCAAAAAAAAAUACUUUUAAAUUAACUAAUGCAGAUUUAUCAUCAAUUCAUCACGUAUUGGUACAUAUAUGCAAAGAAAAUAUUUCAUUAUGGCUUAUUACCUAG